AACGUUAUAAACCGGGAGGAGAUCAGCGUUAUCCUUUCGUUUCGCUCGGUUUAUGAACAUGUCGGCGAAGUCGCUGGGGGAGCGAAUCAUUUUACUUUCCAUUUUCAAGGUUUCUUUGAUCGAAAGAGACUUCCUGUGGGUCCGAGGGUGGACAAAACCCUCCGUUAUAUGUAAGAUUGGUCUCCAUUUCUCCGCCUUCUAAAGGAGAUACCAAGUGCCUUCGACCCAUCGUUCCAUAUUUCUCUCUCUAUCUCUCAUUCAUGGCGACGAUCAAGUGCAUCAAGGCUCGUCAGAUCUUCGACAGCCGUGGGAAUCCCACCGUGGAGGUGGAUUGUUGUCUCAGUGAUGGAAGUUUCUGCAGGGCUGCAGUUCCUAGUGGAGCAUCGACAGGUAUAUAUGAAGCUUUGGAGUUGAGGGAUGGAGGAUCGGAUUACCUUGGGAAAGGUGUCCUCAAGGCUGUGGAGAAUGUGAACAGUAUCAUUGGACCAGCAUUGAUUGGGAAGGAUCCUACUGAGCAGGCUCAGAUUGAUACUUUUAUGGUUCAGCAACUUGAUGGGACCUCUAAUGAGUGGGGUUGGUGCAAAGAAAAGCUUGGUGCAAAUGCAAUAUUGACUGUAUCACUUGCUGUAUGCAAAGCAGGAGCUAGUGUGAAGAAGAUUCCUCUUUACCAGCAUAUUGCCAAUCUUGCUGGAAACAAGAACUUAGUUUUGCCUGUGCCUGCAUUCAAUGUCAUUAAUGGAGGAUCUCAUGCAGGAAAUAAGCUGGCCAUGCAGGAGUUUAUGAUCCUCCCUGUUGGGGCCUCCUCAUUCAAGGAAGCCAUGAAGAUGGGUGUAGAAGUAUACCAUCAUUUGAAGUCUGUCAUCAAGAAAAAGUACGGACAAGAUGCCACUAAUGUUGGAGAUGAAGGUGGUUUUGCUCCUAACAUUCAGGAAAACAAAGAGGGUCUUGAGCUGUUGAAGACAGCUAUAGCGAAAGCUGGAUAUACUGACAAGGUUGUUAUUGGGAUGGAUGUUGCUGCUUCAGAGUUCUACAGUGACAAGGACAAGACAUAUGAUUUGAAUUUCAAGGAGGAGAACAAUGAUGGGUCACAGAAAAUAUCUGGAGAAAGUUUGAAAGAUGUUUACAAGUCCUUUGUCAGCGAGUACCCCAUUGUAUCAAUUGAAGACCCAUUUGAUCAGGAUGACUGGACCCACUAUGCGAAAUUGACAGAGGAGAUUGGAGAGCAGGUGCAGAUUGUUGGAGACGAUCUUCUUGUCACCAACCCCACGCGUGUUGCCAAGGCAAUCAAAGAAAAGACAUGCAAUGCUCUCCUUUUGAAGGUGAAUCAGAUAGGGUCUGUGACUGAGAGCAUUGAAGCAGUGAAAAUGUCCAAACGUGCUGGCUGGGGUGUAAUGACGAGCCACCGAAGUGGUGAAACAGAGGACACUUUCAUUGCUGACCUUGCAGUUGGUUUGGCUACGGGCCAAAUCAAGACUGGAGCUCCAUGCCGUUCUGAACGUCUUGCCAAGUAUAACCAG